AUGAAUGACAAGAGAGGCCAGCCAAGGAAGGAAAGACGGUGCCCCUUCCCGCCGUGCCGUGUGCUGUGCUGUGCCGUGCUGUGCCGCGCCGUGCCCUGCGCCUCAUUCAAAUGCUGGCUAGCCAACAGUACUAGGUAG